CAAAAGAACGAAGCACAGUGGCUGAAUAGAAAAUAUUUUAUAUUUGUAUAUUUCUGAUACUUCCUUUCACAGGAGCUCUAAGUGGAGAACUUUGGCUUUUCUUUACUGUCAGAGACGGAGAUGAAGCCACUUUGCCUUGUGAAAAUGUCAUCAAGAAUCAGCACAGCUGUGACGCUACCACCUGGUUCUUCAGUGACUCACAAAGCACACAAACAGUAGAGCUUGCUGAUCUUGGAAAGAUCAGAGAAACAGCCAAAUCAAACAGACUGAGUGUUACAGCAGACUGCUCACUGAUUAUAAAGAAGGUCACAGUUGAGGAUGUUGGUCGUUACACCUGCAGACAGUUUAGGAGGGAAUCAGAGACACAGGAAGGUCAGGAUGCUGUGGUUCUUCUGUCUGUUGUCAUCAUGACUGAACAGAAGAACACUGAUCAGGUGACUUUAAGCUGCUCUGUGAGGACAUAUGAACGCUGUAAACACAGAGUGAAGUGGAUCCAUAACAGUGAAGAUCUGAAUACACCUUACUCAAAUUUACAAACAUCACAGUCUCGCUGCUCUGCUACUGUGACCUUUCUGAACCUUGCAUACACUCACAUAUCAAGUUAUGACUUUAAGUGUAUUGUUACGACAGAAGAUAACAAAGUGCAGCUUUUUUCCUUCAGCCCUCGUUCAUCAGGUGAAGAAACAAACACAGCAACAACAAUUAAAAUAGACACAAUAACUAAAAAUACAACAAAAGAGCUGGAAAUCAUAAACGUGUCAACAAAAUUACCAGGUGAAGAAACAAAUAGGGCAACAAUUAAACUGGAAAUAAUGAUGGAAAAAAGCAUAAAAGUAGAUCUGACAGCAAAAGAGUUGGAGAUCACGGAUGGUUCGAGAAAAUUACCAGGCUGGUGCUGGUACAGACUCAGCGUUGUGUCUGUGGGUUUAGCAGCACUUAUAACAGCUGCUGUGGUCGUCAACAUCUGGAUACGAGCUGUUGAUCUUUUUAGGGAAGAAAAAGCAGCGACGGAUGAAAACACGGUGUGUAGAUGAUGAUGGAGCAGGGAACUCUGGAAAUGUCCGAUCUUCUGCUGAACUUUGACCCUCCUGCUUCUGUCACAUCUCACUGAUCAGCUCAUCAGCAUGCUGUAUGUUUGCAUGAGGAGCAGAGCCUUUAAUAAAGAGACAGUUUGGACAACAAUCCUGAAACAUUGAUCCUGCUCAUAUUCAGGAGACCACAGUGACUUUGUGCCUGCAGCAGCUGUAAAAAGCUGCUUGUUUGGGCUUUUUUUUUUUUUUUUUGGAGGUGACCUUUAUUGUUAAUUAGUUGAUGCCAGGCUAUUCCUACAGGGGGGGCUGAUUCAAGUCAGUUUAUGAGGACAUUUAAAACCAACACAUGCAGGUUAAAGUGCUGUACAGCUAAAGGAAGAAAAACUACAGAAAACCGAAGAAAACAGGACUCAGUCUGGUUUAGAUGCCGAGGAAUAAAAAGGAGGUUUUGAAGAUGACCUCAAUCUGUUUCUCAGUACAACAACAAACAUCUGAUCAGGUGACCUCAGUGAUGUUUUGGGAGUGUGCAUACUCACCAAUCAGAAAUCAUCAGCACAUAAAGUAUUUUAAUAAAACGUAACAUAUGUCACAUAAAGUAGUGCACAGCAGUGAGCCCUGUGGAAC